AUGGCAACGAGUUUCAGGAGUACCGGCAGCGGAUCACUUAUUUCCGCGGCAUUCAUUUUAUUCGUGUUUUCUUGUUUGGAAGUCGCGUCUGCGAAUCGGACGACUUUAUACAUGGACGAGGUUCGCGGCCUGAUCGAGCUGCCGAUGACCGAGCUGAUUCACAUCAAGUCUUCGCUCGGGGACGACGGAGAUUUCUUCGAGGAGGACGAAGCAUCGAGCAGAACGUUAUCCGUCUCGCUGCCGAUGGCGCUUCCAUUGAAGAGGAACGUUAAAAGGAACAAUGGGAGGCCGUUGAGACGAGGCGACCACUACGAGGAGAAAGGAAAAGGCGAUACGAAAAUCUCGAAAAUAUUCCAGCUGGCUGUUACUGCGCUCUCGUUCCUCGCUUUCGGCGGCUAUUUGCUCACGCUCAUAAUAAUGGCGAUUCGCCGAAACUCGAACGGCAUGAACAACGGGAAUGUGAUCGUUUUGUCGAAUCUACAGGGACUGCAGAGCUAUACGCGGCCGAAGCGGAACGUCUUCGAUCCCGCGGAGAACAACUUCGAGAUCGACAAGCUUUAUCAGGGAAUGAUCAUGUUAUCGCGAUCUUACGCUAUGUACGAGACUAGAAAAUGAGUAUUCACGUUUCAACAUUUUAAGAGGACGUAAUGCGAACUGUAGUGUAAGGUUAAAGAUGAAUGUUUAUAAACAAUUUAUUGAUAUUUUAUUGUCGAGUUUACAUGGUGAAACGAGUUGUAUUCGAUAGCAAUGGUUAUAUAAAAUGAA